CUGUAAUUGAAGCAAGAAGACUUGGACUUAGAGAGACAGACCGCCAUGGAAGAUCACCAGAAGCUAUCAUCAUCUAUCGUACUUGAAGAAUGGAAUGGCACGUCGUCGACGAAGCUCAUAAAGACUGCUACUAUAACUGCCUCUUCCAAUUCUUCUCUCUCCAUUCAACGAUCCGGCAGCAAAUUCAAUCAGGUGUCGAGGCGGAUACUCGAAGCAUUUGUACCCGAGGGAUUUCCAAGCAGCGUAACUCCAGAUUACAUCCCUUUUCAAAUAUGGGACUUAUUGCAGGGCCUUUCGACUUAUGUACGGACAAUGCUUUCUACUCAAGCUCUCUUGAGUGCCAUUGGGGUUGGUGAGAAAUCAGCUACGGUUAUUGGGGCUACAUUUCAGUGGUUUCUGAGAGAUUUAACAGGAAUGCUUGGAGGUGUUUUGUUCACUUUUUACCAGGGGUCAAACCUGGAUAGCAAUGCGAAAAUGUGGCGCUUGGUUGCAGAUCUCAUGAAUGAUCUCGACCUCGCAAUCACAGAGGUAAGGGUUAUACUUCCCUAUGGAAAGCCACAUUUUUUUCUGUGGUGGAACUCCGGUUUUGAAUCAUGA